AUGAACGUUUCGAAUAUAGUAAAUCGCUUGAGUGAUUUAGUCCGUAAGAAUUUGGGUUUGACUUCGUCAUCUCCAACAUCUCAAAAAGAGUGUGAAUUCGCAGAAAACUUAUAUGAAACCAUCAAAUCGGUCAAAAGUGCUACAACAUAUCGUUAUUCAGAAGAAACUACGCUGGACGUCGAUAAUGACCCUUUUGAUUACUCUAGUAGCAGUGAUGAAGAGGAAGGUCAUCAUGAUAACAACUCUGAAUCGGAGGAAGAGGUCGAUGGGGAGGAAAGCAAAAGCGAGAAAGAUAAACGUCACUUGGCUAACUAUUCACUAGAUUUUAUGCAGGAGGUAGUCGACUACGCUGACGAAAAAGACAAAAAUGGGAAACGACGUCGAUCAUGGAAGACUGUCCGUCACAGGUACAAAUCAGUUCCAAAUCAAUCGUAUGUAAGUCGAUUUCGUACAUAUCUGCAACAACACGGAACGAAGAGACAAAAGACCAACGAUAUUGAUGAAAUUGUAUUUAAAAAAUUUUUGCAAGCUCUGGAACAAGCUUUGCUUCUGCAUGACGUUGAUCUACAGCGGUGGGUGCUAAAAGCAGUUAAAGAAGUGCAUUUGGAAGCUUUUCAUCCUUCGCACGGUUGGGUGAAUAACUUCAAAGUCAGACAUCACGUCGUAUCACGCCGAAUAACGAAUGUUGUUACUUGUCACGAAAUAGAAAAUCCCGACGAAAUCUUAAAAACAGAAAAUGACUAUCGUGAAAAUUUCUUUAAAUCAUCAUCACAUUAUCGUCCUUCACAAAUCUUUAACACGGAUCAAGUAGGUGUGGAAAGACAACUCUAUUCAAACCGCACUUUGACAAUGGAAGGUGGAAAAAAAGUGUUCGGUACUGUACGAUCGAAAAAUGCUAUGACACACAGCUAUACAUUGCAACCAACAAUUUCUCUUGAAGACAAGUUGUUUGGCCCGAUGUAUUUGUGUUUACAGGAACCGAAAGGUAGAAUGGGUGAGUUGGUCAAAACAGGCCUUUUUGAACCACGAAAUAUGGUUAUAACCUGCUCCAGCAGCGGCAAACUGGCGUCGUCUCUUGUACGCUACUGGCGUGAUAAUUGUUUACUGCCAUUCGUUGGCAAUAAAUGUUUUCUGCUGUCGGACAGUUGGUCCAGUCAGGGCGACGAAGAUUUGUAUACGAAAGAAGGGUGUGGUGGUAAAAAAGUGCAGCGUCUCGAAAUUUCGCCGAAAACCACGUCAGAUUGGCAGCCAUUGGACUGCUACACAAACCGAUAA